AAACAACAUAGAUUUGGGAAAACACAAUAAGGCGUCACCCACAAGCUGACACGCAGCAGAGAGACACACACUGUACUGUCUCACAUCCAGAAGACUCUUCCUCCAUAAUCUAUUCAGACUUUCAUUUCUGCAGUCAUUGGCUCCUAAACAUUUCCCCAAACAAUAUUAAUCAUCGCAUCUGAUUCGUCUUUUCUCUUUCCUCGACUGCGUUGCAAUCACCUGCCACGAUGGCGGCCGUCGGAGCCCGUCUCUUUCCUACUGUGCUCUUCAGUCGUCGGUCAGUUGAAAAACUCAACUCUAACCAGAUCUCGACUGUGACUCCGCGCCUCGCCGUGUCGGCAGACCAGAUUCUGACAUUCACGGCAGAAAGUCACGGUGUGGUAGAGAAAGAGAAAGAUAAGAAAGUUCUGAAAGAGAAGGAGAAGCGGUGGAUAAGCGGUUGGAACGAAUAUUUCGAGCAAUCGAAGGAAUUGAUCGGAGCAGAUGGUGGACCGCCACGGUGGUUCUCGCCUUUGGAAUGCGCUUCGCAGUUGGACAAUUCUCCUCUUCUGCUCUUUUUGCCAGGGAUCGAUGGGGUGGGACUUGGACUUAUUUCACAUCAUCAGAAGCUGGGAAGGAUUUUUGAUAUAUGGUGCUUUCAUAUUCCGGUCGCGGAUCGAACAUCAUUUACAGACAUUGUGAAAAUAGUUGAGAGAACAGUUAAGUCUGAAUAUCAACGGUCACCAAACAGACCCAUAUAUCUUGUUGGAGAAUCUUUAGGAGCAUGCGUUGCGCUGGCUGUUGCAGCUCUUAAUCCUAAUAUUGAUCUUGUACUAAUUUUGGCAAACCCAGCUACUUCGUUCAGCAGGUCAAACUUGCAACUUCUAACACCAUUAUUGGAAGCUUUGCCUGAUCCACUCUCCCCUGGCCUGCCUAACAUUCUCAGAUCGAUGGCAGGUGAAUCUCUGAGGAGGGUGUUGGAUAAUGUGGUCCAAGGGCUUCCUCUACAAAAUACGACUGGAGAGCUUGUGAAGGAUUUAACUACUUUCUCAUUAUCUUUGCCUGUUCUUGCCGACAUAUUACCAAAAGAAACACUUGAAUGGAAACUACAGAUGCUUAAGUCAGCUUCUGCUUACGCCCAAUCACGCCUUUAUGCUAUCAAAGCUCAGACUUUGAUUCUUUGCAGUGGAAAUGAUCAGUUACUACCUAGUCAGCAGGAAGGGGAAAGAUUACUCAAUUUACUGCCUAAAUCUAAAUGCGCGCUUCGUAAAUUUGAUGACAGUGGCCAUUUCCUAUUCCUGGAAGGUAGCGUUGACUUGGUAACGAUAAUCAAGGGCACUUCAUAUUACCGCCGUGGCAAGUAUCAUGACUAUGCAUCAGAUUUUAUACCGCCAACACCUGAUGAAGCCAGAAAAAUUAUAGAAUCGAACAGUUUGUUUAACCUUGUCGCAAGUGCUGUAAUGCUCUCAACCUUGGAGGACGGGACGAUUGUAAAAGGCCUUGCUGGAAUUCCCUCAGAGGGGCCUGUUUUGUUUGUUGGGUACCACAUGCUCCUGGGAUUAGAAAAAAUUCCCCUGGUUUCUCGAAUAUUUUUGGAAAGAAAUAUACUUAUACGUGGGAUAGCUCAUCCCAUGAUGUUUAUGAGAUCUAAAACUGGAAAAAUGCCAGAGAUAUCUUCUUAUGACAACUUCAGAAUUAUGGGUGCUGUCCCCGUAGCACCAGCUAACUUCUUCAAGCUUUUUUCUUCUAAAGCCCAUAUGUUAUUAUAUCCUGGAGGGAUGCGCGAGGCUCUUCAUAGGAAGGGUGAAGAAUACAAGUUAUUCUGGCCUGAACAAUCUGAGUUUGUCAGGAUGGCGGCAAGAUUUGGAGCCAAAAUUGUACCUUUUGGAGCUGUUGGAGAAGAUGACCUUGGCCAAGUAGUAUUUGAUUAUGAUGACUUGGUGAAGAUUCCGUACUUUAGGACUGAAAUAGAAAGUCUCACAAGUGAGGUCACGCAAUUGAGGGGUGAUGCUGCUGGUGAGGUGGCAAAUCAGCCAGUGCAUAUGCCUUUGAUUUUGCCUAAAGUUCCUGGGCGGUUCUACUAUUAUUUUGGAAAACCAUUGGAAACAAAAGGAAGGAAACAAGAACUCAGAGAUAAGGAGAAAUCUCAUGAGUUUUAUUUACAAGUGAAAUCCGAGGUAGAGAGAUGUAUUGAUUAUUUAAAGGUGAAAAGAGAAAACGACCCCUAUAGAAGUAUAGGAGCUCGGCUGUUAUACCAAGUGACUCAUGGUUUUGAAUCUGAAGUUCCAACAUUUGAAAUUUGAUUGUUUUGCACACAUAAAAAGGUAAUUUUGUAAUUGGUUUAGACAGGGCAUUCAUUCCUUCGGUUGGAAGCAAACUUUGUAUAUUGCCAAUAAUUUAUUGCCCGUAGUUUCAGUCAUUGUUUUCUGGCCAUAAGGCACAGUUCUCGGAGAAACAUUGUAGAAGUACAUUUUUUUGAAGUUUAAAUCAAGAGUUGAUAAUUGCUAAUAGCUA